CACCGCUCUGCAAUUCAGACAUCAUAGCAUAACAUCUGUCAACAAACAUGGCUUUGAGACGAGCGCUGCAUUUUGUUUUCAAAGUUGGUGACAGGGCCAAAACAGCCACGUUUUACCGAGAUGUUCUUGGCAUGAAGAUUUUGCGUCAUGAAGAGUUUGAGGAAGGCUGCAAAGCAACGUGUAAUGGCCCCUACGAUGGAAAAUGGAGCAAAACCAUGGUUGGCUUUGGUCCAGAAGAUGACCAUUUUGUAGCUGAACUGACAUACAAUUAUGGGGUGGGAGAGUAUCAACUUGGCAAUGACUUCUUGGGGCUCACUCUACAGUCAAGCAAAGCUGUAAGCAAUGCUAAACGUCUGGGAUGGCCUCUUACUGAGGUAGGAGAGGCUCUCUAUCUGACCCAGGCUCCAGGAGGGUAUCCCUUCUAUCUUGUGGACAAAGAGCAGCCUCCCAGUGACCCUGUGCAGAAGGUCUGUCUCGGAGUAUCAAACCUCCAGAGAUCAACCCACUACUGGACUUCGCUCCUGGGGAUGAAGGUGAUGGAAAAGAAUGAAGAAAAGAAAACAGUGCUGAUGGGAUUUGCAGACACUCAAUGUAAACUGGAACUUCAUGAUAUCAGUGGGACAGUAGAUCACGGAACAGCGUUUGGGAGAAUAGCAUUUUCAUGCCCACGAGAGCAGCUGCCUGACCUCGAAGCCUUGAUGAAAAAGGAAAAUCAGAAAAUUCUCACUCCAUUGGUCAGCCUGGACACUCCUGGAAAAGCCACAGUAGAAGUGGUUAUUUUGGCUGACCCAGAUGGUCAUGAGAUCUGCUUUGUGGGAGAUGAGGCUUUCAGGCAACUGUCCAUGGUGGACCCCAAAGGAAAUGACUUGCUUGAUAAGGCCAUGGCCGAAGAUAAAAGUGACGAGUGGUUUGCCAAACACAACAGACAGAAAGCUGCUGCAUGAGAUGAUGGGGCUUGCCUGGAAAUUGUGCACCAUCAAUUUCUCACCAGUUCACUUGAUGAUGAGUUGCUGUACAAGGCACCUGUAGACAACUCAAUUAUCCUUCAGCUGGCAGUAUGAGAUUUUUUUUUUCCCUGGAAACAUGCAAUGAGGCACAGUUGCAUUGACAGCACUUUGUAAAAGGACCACUUGUUCAGUGUGAUGGACAUUUUUCCAAUAAACAGUGGUGGGCAAAAAGUCAAUUUAACACAACUUAUUCAUAAAAAUUAUGAGCCCACACUUUUGCUUCUGGGCCCCUGAUGACCCUCCAUCAACCACCUUCUGGGCAGCAUGUAUCCAAAUUGUGUUCCAAAUAGUGCUCUAAUUACUGAGGUCACACUACCUGGCUGCAAGAUUUCUGUGGGUCAGUUUAUUUAGGAACAUAUGCCAUGCAAACAUAAUAUUAAGUAAAAUGAUAAAGGCAUUAAUUGUAGAUUUAGACAAGGCUGCAACAUGACAUAAUAAUACAGAGGCUGUCUUAUUGCUUAUGUUGUUUUCAUAGUAAAACUCCACAAAUGUGCAGUUAAUCAAACAACCAAAACCUAGAUACAUGCAGUGUUACUGCAGCUUUUAGGGGUUUGGGACCCUGGGCAGUUGCUUGUAAAUCCAGCCUUGGGUACCAACCAUUGAAGUAUGCGGUGAAAUGCACCAUGAUGCUGUAAGAGGAUGCUGUUUACAGAUAAAUGCAUUCAGCAUCAUGCAAUUGUUUAUUCAUGUGUUUGAGUUACACUGAAUCUUAUUUGCAAAAUUACAUGUCACUCAUGUGGUUGAAAUAAAAUUUGUCUC